UUGUUUGCAGUACUCAACUCCACCAAGUCUCCUUUUUGUUCGAAUCUUUAGGGUAACAAAAAGAGUAGAAAAAGGUUGAAGAUGAAAAGAAUGGAACAGCCCAUUUUCCUGCAAUUUUUACUUGGGAUAUUGGCUUGCUUUAGUAUCUUAUGUGCUAAUGCAGAAGAUCCAUAUCUAUACUAUACUUGGUUUGUCACGUAUGGAACUCGAGCUCCUCUUGGUGUUUACCAACGGGUUAUUCUUAUUAACAAUCAAUUUCCAGGACCUCCAAUCGAAGGUGUCACUAACGACAACAUCAUUGUUAAUGUCAUCAACCAAUUAGAUGAACCCUUCCUCAUUACAUGGCAUGGAAUUAAGCAAAGGAAGACUUCAUGGCAAGAUGGUGUGCUUGGGACAAAUUGUCCAAUCCCUCCCCACUCAAACUGGACAUACAAAUUCCAGCUCAAGGAUCAAAUUGGAACCUACAUGUACUACCCUUCAACUUCAAUGCAUAGAGCUAUUGGUGGUUUUGGGGCUCUUAAUAUUAAUCAAAGAUCUGUCAUUUCAAUCCCCUACCCUGCAUUUGCCGGAGAUUUCACCUUGCUUGUUGGUGAUUGGUACAAGGCUGGCGAUAAGGCCUUGAGGAAGAAGCUGAAUUCAGGCUUUAGUCUUCCUUUGCCAGAUGGUCUUCUUAUAAAUGGUCUUCACAAAUCUUCAGUUUUCACUGGUCAGAAAGGGAAAACUUACAAGUUUAGAAUUACAAAUGUCGGUAUGUCGACAUCGAUUAACUUCAGGAUCCAAGGUCACCAAAUGAUUCUAGUUGAAGUUGAAGGAAGUCAUAGUUUGCAGGAGGAGUACGAGUCCCUCGAUAUUCAUCCAGGUCAAUCAGUAUCUGUUUUGGUUACCUUGCGUGGGGCAAUUAAGGACUAUUACAUUGUUGCUUCAACACGUUUCACUAAGCCUAUUCUCACCACCACCGGCAUCCUUCGGUAUCAGGGCUCCAAAACUCCGGCUUCUUUGCCGUUGCCUAUUGGCCCGACUUAUCACGUUCACUGGUCCAUGAAACAAGCCAGAACAAUAAGAUUGAACUUGACGGCCAAUGCAGCUAGGCCUAAUCCUCAAGGAUCAUUCCACUAUGGUUCAAUAAAGAUUGUGAGGACACUUGUUUUGGCUAAUGCAAAAGCCAAGAUAAAUGGAAAGUUGCGUUAUACUAUUAACGGGAUCUCUUAUGUGGAUCCAACAACUCCAUUGAAGCUUGCGGAUUGGUUUAACAUCCCUGGUGUUUUUACCUUAAACAACAUCAAGGAUUUCCCUACUUCAAGGCCACCGGCGAUGGCUGUAUCUGUCUUUGGCCUCACCCUGCAUGACUUUAUCGAGAUUGUCUUCCAAAACACUGAACCCACCAUCCAGUCGUGGCAUCUCGACGGAACGAGCUUCUACGUCGUCGGGUAUGGUAGCGGAAAGUGGACAACCGACUCGAAGAGACGCUACAAUCUGGCUGAUGGGAUAGCUAGACACACUGUUCAGGUAUAUCCGAAUUCCUGGACAGCAAUUUUGGUUUCAUUGGACAACAAGGGAAUGUGGAAUUUGAGGUCACAAAUAUGGUCGGACCGGUUCCUAGGCAAGCAAACUUACCUCAGAGUUGGGAACAACGAGAAAAGCUUGUAUACUGAGACCGACAUUCCUCCAAAUGCACUGCGUUGUGCCAAGGCCCUCCAUUGA